UUUUUUUUUCUAUUUUAAAAUGUAAUUAAUUUUUGUGAUGGCAAAGCAACCAUUACUCUAUUCUUCAGUGUCACAUGAUCCUUCAGAAAUCAUUCUAAUGUACUGAUCUGGUGCUGAAGUAACAUUUCUUAUUAUCAGUGUUGAUACUUUUGUGCUACUUAAUGUUUUUGUGGAAACUUUUAUACUUUUUUUUUUAUUUUAUUUUAUUUUACAAUACUUUGAUGAAUAGAAAGUUAAAAAGAACUGUUUAUUGGAAAAAGUAUUUUGUAACAAGUCUUUACUGUCACUUUUGAUCAAAUUAAUAAAUCCUUGAUGAAUAAAAGUAUUAUUUCCUUUGCCAAAAAUCCUACUGAACCCAAACCUUUAACGGUACUGUAAUUCAUGAACCACUAAGUAAGUUGUCACAAUGCGAACAGGUUUGAGAACAAUACUCCUGAAUUAAAAUAUAUUGCAAUAAUCACCUGAGUUGAAAUAAAUAUGUAUAGGCUAUGGCAUAUAACUUGUUGUUAAAGAUGUGUGUUAGAAAGCAUAAGAUUUUUAGUAGCAUUACUAGAAAUACAGGCUUAAUUACGAAUUUACUUUGAAAAUAUUUUAGUUUUCAACCUGGCAUAAACUUGGUGCUAAUAAAAGGACGACCAAACGUGUGUAUUAUAAAAGUGUAAAAUAAACGAGUUUGUUUUGUGGUGUAGCCAGCAGGGGCGCCACUAUUAAUUAGCCCAUAACCUGAUUAUGUCACACCUGAAGCCACUUGUGGUAUUAUCGCUCAUUGCGUUAAAUAUACCUUCAUCCAACCAAUGAGUUAAAAUAGCGGUGAGAAAAUUCGUCUUCACGUCAAGUCAUGUACCCGCAAACAUCGCUGAUUGUCCGAUACUACACGUACUUUACAGGGCUAUUCUUGUUUUUACAAUUAACACUUGCUGAUGAGGUGCUAGAGGACGCGCCCAGAUCUCCUUUGAACUCAAUUAUGGCUGAGUUGUUACUGAAAAGCGCGGCUGCGCUCUGGCGUCACUGUUCCUGCCAGUCAUCUACCGCACUCAGAGCACCACAGUGCUUCUCCGGCCCUUAUCGUCUUUUAUGACCAACUUAUCUCUCUCGAAAUCUGACAUAACUAAAACCAAUAAAGUGAGCGGAUAAAGACUUAAAAACACAAAUAAAAAGUAAAAUGUCUCUAAUUGGUUUAAAUAGCUUAUGUUGCUCGUGCAAACGCCAAAUAAACUGGUCCUUUUCGCAGAAUAUAGGCCUUGUGCAUAGAAAGGUUUAGAAAAGGGUACGAGUUUCAGGAGGCAUUGGGUACGUUAAAACGAGCCCGGUCUCAAGAAAAUGCGUAUAAAUCGUACGCCAAAUAAAACCAAAAACUCCUGGUAUCGAUACGCAAAAAUGUUUGGCGUGCAUAUGAUACGCAUCUACCCCACAAUCCUAAUCCUACCCAUCACGUAGCAUAUACACGCCAAAAUCCAUUUUUGCGCGUAUCAGUUUAUUUCUUUUUAUUUGGGGUACUAUUUAUACGCACUUUCAUGGGAUCGGGUUGGAAUGUUUUGUUUCAUUAAAAGUCUGAAAUUAUUGAAAAGGCGAGCGUUGGCAUGAAUGUUUUUCUCAAACGCUUUAAAUCAGCAAAGAAAUUGUAUUUUAAAAUAUGCAUAUUGAUAUAGUACUGGAAGCUAUUUUGUUAUGUGACAAAAUUAUGCAGAGGAUUUUUAUUUUAAGGUCAUUACUUUUUUUGUCUUUUUUUUUUAAAUUAUUAUUAUUAUUAUUAUUUAAAAGUAAGUUUAUUCAGGUCAAAUAAUACCGUUAAUGAUUUUACAAAUAUUUUUCACAAAAACAAAAUCCGUCUCAAAGUCAUGUGUGUUUUAUAUUUCUUUAAUCACAAAACAAGGCGAAAAGCCUUAACACAGCAUAGGCUAAUGAACUGCACCUGAGCUUCUUUGAGUGACUCGUCAAAAUGGAUCAUCUGUGCAGCAAGCGAAUUGUCAAAGGUUGGGAGAUACCUGUCACUCAAAGUUGGCGACAGGUAUAAAUGCCGUGCUCGUUCGAGCACUGAGUCACUUGUCUUCUGUCUCUUCCUGGGUAUCCAUCUCAGUGUUUGUGCCUUGCAUCUCCACAAGAAGGGAGCAUUGAAGAAUCAGGGGUCGCUCACGCAGCAAUGAACCCUUGCCAGCUUUUUGCAUCGUUGGUGAUGUCUAUGUGCUGUCACAUAUUGUCGACAACAGCAUGGUCGGUGAAUAACUUCCUGAUGACAGGACCAAAGGCUUACCUUACAUACACCAGCAGUGUGCAGGCUGGGGCACAGAGUGGUAUUGAAGAGUGUAAACAUCAGUUCGCAUGGGACAGGUGGAACUGUCCGGAAAGCGCACUGCAGUUAUCUACACAUAACGGUCUGCGAAGUGCCACCAGAGAGACCGCUUUUGUGCAUGCCAUAAGUGCUGCUGGAGUUAUGUACACUUUGACAAAGAACUGUAGCAUGGGGGACUUCGAUAACUGUGGCUGUGACGACUCCAAGAUAGGAAAAAUGGGUGGUCGCGGUUGGGUUUGGGGAGGCUGCAGUGACAAUGUUGACUUUGGAGAAAGAAUCGCUAAACAAUUUGUGGACGCGCUGGAAAAUGGUCACGACUCUCGCGCUGCAGUCAACCUGCACAACAACGAAGCUGGUCGACUUGCUGUCAAAGCAACUCUCAAAAGGACCUGUAAGUGUCAUGGCGUGUCUGGAAGCUGCAGUAUUCAGACAUGUUGGAUGCAGCUGGCUGAUUUCAGAGAAAUCGGUACCUAUCUGAAAAUCAAACACGAUCAAGCACAGAAGCUGGAGAUGGACAAAAUUCGGAUGAGGGCUGGUAACAGCGCGGACAAUCGCGGCGCAAUCGCGGACACGUUCAGCACCGUUGCGCGCACAGAGCUCAUUUAUAUGGAAGAUUCUCCAGAUUACUGCGUGAAAAACCUCAGCCUGGGACUACAUGGAACAGAAGGCAGGGAAUGCCUACAAAGCGGAAAGAAUCUUUCUCAGUGGGAGAAGAGAAGCUGCAGGCGGCUCUGCCACGAAUGUGGUCUUAAAGUUGAAGAGAGGAGGAUAGAGACUGUGAGCAGCUGUAAUUGUAAAUUUCACUGGUGUUGCACAGUCAAAUGCGAAACAUGCACUCAGACUGUGACCAAGUAUUUUUGCGCAAAAAGGCACAAAAACCGUCGGCCGCACAACAAUUCACGAAGAAGACAGCAUGCGCGUAAUAGAUGAACUCAGCUUUGCAAAUAUAUUAAGUUGUAUAUUUCCUAUGUAAAUAUAUUUUAUGAGAUUUUAAAAUAUGCGGCUUUUUCUCUAACUGUAUAUUAUUCUGCACAUUGCUAUAAGAAAAAAUGUCAAUUCGAACCCCUAUAUUAGACACAAGGGUUUUCUCGUUCCCACUGUCAAUUGAAUGAUCACAUACCAAGUUCUAAAUUCACAUAGACCUAAGUUCAUUGUUUGCACUUUUUCGUGAUCGACAUUACAUCACAGAUUUAUUUACUUACAAUUAUGUUGAAAGGUUGUUUUGAAUAUUUGCACCAUAUUUCUUUUUCUCGCACAGAUCACUUGACAGUGUGUAACGUUUCCCAAGGGGCUUGAAGUGUUGUUUUUAUGGAACUUAUUUAAGGCAAUUAUUUUUUAACUAUCACAUUGUGUUUAUAUAUAUUAAAUGGACUUAAUUUGUCUUGGGAAGCAUAUUAAAUAUUUAAAACUAAAUUACAG